ACGAUUUCUGGGGUGACCAUUUGAUUCAGAAUUGAUUCUUAAUUCAAACCGAUUCCUGCCAGAUGUUAUCGUGUGAAUGCUUCAAAGCAUUCACACAUAUGGCUUUUAUUCUUCAACUUCUUCUUCUUCUUCUUCUCCUCCAGAUUUUGGCACGCUCUACCGUCCACAUUUUUCACCCACAUCAAACUGUUCGAACUGUAUCGCAGGCUUUCCCUUGACAAAUUCCAAAAAUUCACAGAAUUCCAGGACAUGUUUCCCAUUCAAAAUGAAUUGGCCAUUUUUCAAGCGUCUACCAUUUCCACAUUUUUCAAAGGAUUGAAACCAUUUCACCUUCAACACAUUCUGGAAAUGUUUUCAGUUCAAAGAACAUCUUUUUUUUUGUCCUGAUUAAAAGAUUCCUCUUAAUCAAGAGAUUCUUCUUAAUCAGGAAAUCAAAGAUGUUUCUUUGAACUGAAAAAAUUCCCGGUUUUCCCAAAAUUCCAGGAAUUCCGACAUACCAUUUCUCAAUUCAAUUGGACGGUGGAACGGUUGAAAAAUAAGGAAGUAUUAGUUGGCAAGAAAAAGAGUUGAAAUAGGGCUUUGGAAAAGCAGGAAUACUGGAAAAUCCUGGAAUUUUUUGGGGAACUUGGAAAAAGGGUACUUUAAAUUUCCAGAAUGUGUUGAAGGUGAAAUGGUUUGAAUUGGUUGAAAAAUGUGGAAAUCGUAGACGCUUGACGAAUAGCCAAUUUAUCUUCAAUGGGAAAAAUGUCCUGGAAUUCUGGGAAUUUUUGGAAUUUGUCAAGGGAAAGCCCGCGAUUCCCGAAUAGGCUGAACAGUUUAAAUUGGGUGAAACAUGUGGAAAUCCUGGAAUAAAUUUUUGAAUUGUUGAAGUAGAACACACAAUUCCCAAACAGGCUGAAUAUUUUGAAGUUAGAAGGGUUUAAAUCAGAUAAAAAAUGUGGGAGUUAUGGGACUUUGAAGAAUGUCCCAUUUAUUUCAAUUGGAAUUUCUCUAAAAUUUGUGAAUUUCGGGAAAAGCGGGAAUUUUUGGGAAAAUGGUAAAAAAAAAAACUUGAAUGGUCUUAAUGAGUUGAAAUGGAUGGUGUCGGAAUUUUUCAAAUUGGUCGAGAAAUGUUGAAGUAGUAACAUGUUGAAUUGAGAAGUGGUAUUAUAGAAUUCCUGGUAUUUUGGGAAAACCAGGAAUUUUUCCAGUUCAAAGAACAUCUUGGUUUUUUAUCCUGAUUAGGAGAUUCCUCUUAAUCAGGACAAAAAACCAAGAUGUUCUUUGAACUGAAAAAAUUCCCUUUUUUUUUUGUCCUGAUUAAGACGAAUCUCCUAAUCAGGACAAAAAAUAAAGAUGUUCUUUGAACUGGAAAAAUUCCUGCUUUUUCCGAAAUUCACAAAUUUUGGGGAAAUUCCCAUUGAAAUGAAUGGGACAUUCUUCAAAGUUGCACAACUCCCACAUUUUUUAUCUGAUUCAAAUCCUUCCAACCUCAAAAUAUUUAGCCUGUUUGGGAAUUGCGUGCUCUACUUCAACAAUUCUAAAAUAAAUUCCAGGAUUUCAGUUCAACUUCAUCAUCGGAGCAUUCACACGCCAUUCCUUCAAGAAUCGCCUCAUCUAGUUUGGGUUAAUAUUUAUAACGAAACCUUUUUUAAAACAAGUUACAGGUUAGAAAAGCAUGGCACUCAAACAUAUUUAAAAAAAUAUAUAUUGUUAGUGUAAAUGUACUGUUUGUUUUAUUUAUCAAUGUUUUUAAAUAUAAAAAAAAAAUAUUGUUAGUGUAAAUUUACUGUUUGGUUUAUUUAUCAAUUUUGUUAUUUUUUAAAUAUUAAAACAAUGAUUGUUAGUGCAAAUUUACAUUUUUUUUUAUCCAUUUUUUUUAUUUUUUAAAAUAUGGAUGAAUUGAUUUUAGAAUUGGCAUUAACAAGAAUUGCAAUCCGGAUGAGAAUACAUUUUUUGUGCAUCCUUAUUAUAGUAAGACCUAAUUGGGCAGCCUUCAUUAUUUAUAACAUGACAGAAGUCAAACGUGUUGAAUACAUUUGUUUUUUUCAUGUUGUGCUUCGGAAAGUCCCAGAAAAGGCUUCUAAUGAUAACUGCGAUAAAACUCACUUUAGUAUACUUGGUUUAGUAUCACUAUUUUGAAUGACAAUGAUGUACAAACCAUAAUUGUUAACUGCACUUUGACUGGCAUUUGACUGGCCCUAAAAUCUAACAUGAAAACAAAAAACAUUAACGUCUUUCUCCGUUAAGAAAGGGUCUGAAUUUAUAUAAUAAAUGAUUCCUGGGCGCGGCACCGCUGCUGCCCACUGCUCCCCUCACUUCCCAGGGAGUAAUCAAGGGGAGGAGUCAAAUGCAGAGGACAAAUUAUGUGUGUGUGACAAUCAUUGAUACUUUAACUUUAAAUACAUAACUGUGUGAGCAACUAAGAUAUUUAAUUGUGCACAUUAAACAUACAAUAAGACACACAGGUGUUUUUACGAUGCUUUCAAAGACCGCUGAGUGGAAUAGGAAUAAAAUGUUAAUAAUAAUAGAUUUGAUUUGUUAUGCACUUUGCAUUGAAAUAAGUCUUAAAGUGUCGUAGUACAAAGCAAUAUUUUAAAACAAGAUCAAAUAGGAACAACGGUAUUUUGGGUGUAUAAAAAGGAGCAAACAACAUUACGAUAGUCCAGAUCUCGUAUUUGAACACAAAUUGAAAUGACUCAUGUCGCGCCAAACUCUACAUAUCUGUGGUUACAUGUUUCAAAUGAAUAAAUAAAGUUAUACUUACGUUUUGAAGUCACUCUUCUCUUUGCAUAGCGCCGCCAUGUUGAAAAUAUUUGUUCAGAGCUGGACAUGCAAAGGGUCUUGGGAUACCGAGGGCUGCGAAGGAUGCUCGACAUGUACACAAAUGGAAGAAAAGGACAAAUCCAUGGGUUGGAUUCGCGGGACACUUGGAGCUUGUUGGGAUUGGGGCAGCCUUCGUGCCCCGCUGUCUCGUCCACAAAUGUGCACUGUCAAGGAAUUGAGACACAGCUAAAGUCAACAAUAGCCAGAGUACUCUUGGAGCUUGUUGGGCUUCGGACAGCCUUCGUGCCCCGCUGUCUCGUCCACAAAUGUGCACUGUCAAGGAAUUUGGGCACAGUUGAAGUCAACAAUAGCCACAGUACUCUUUCAAAUCCUUUAGUUUGUGCACUCAAAGUGUGACUUAUGCCCUGAAGUUGUGAACAUUAAAAACAAAAUAAAAAAAAUCAUACACUGAUACUGCCCCUGGUAUCAACACCAUCAUUUUAUGGAUCGAUGCGGCCUCCCCCUACGUGUCGGGUAAUGACUGUGACAAUACUGACAAUAAGCCAAAAUAUAUUACAAACUACAAAAGCACUUGGUGAGCACAGACCUCAACCAUCUAACCCUGUUCGCUAUCCAAUUUCCAAAGUUUUCUGGAAACUUCUAGAACAUCCACCAUAAGCUAAUUGUGUUGUGCCAGUGAAGGUGAAUGAUAUAUUAAUAGAGUGAGCGCCCAGACAGCCCUGGUCAUCUGUAUACAACCAAAGAUUGUGUAUCAAACAGGAUACGGCAACGCUGCAUUGAUAUUCCUUCCUUGGGGACCGCCUGUUAUGCAUAUGAUGGUUCUGGUACAUUAUCCCUGCUUUACCUGAGAGCUGGUCCGUCACAAAUCACACGGGUGGUGCUCACACUUUGAAGAGUGUUUGCAACCCUCCGACUCCUUCAAGCCUGCACGAUGAACGUUCAGCUGGAGAUCAGUAUGACGCAGUUUUUAAUCAUCAACACUCCUCUUGCCGUCUUCAUCCUGGCCAUGAACUUGUUUUUUCUGUUUUGCCUGGGAUGGCCACAAGGCACCGAUAGACCCAAGCAACCUUUGAGGUUCCUCUUGGAGCUUCUCAUCGGAUCCUCCUCUGUGUAUCUCGUCUUCUUGACGCUGACCUUCUUGACGAUGGGCGACAACAACUAUUGGUUGGUGCUUUUAUUUAUGCUUCAAUACUCUGUCAAUAUCAGCAUGAGCGGCUAUGUUUGGCUCAGCUUCUACUACUUCGCCCACAUUGUCCCCGCACGCCGCGCUUUCUUCGACUGGCUGAAGAGGAAUAUCAAGGUGACCAUUUUCGUGGUUCUUCUUCUUGAUUGCCUCGUUUAUCUUCACGAAACCGUUAUGGAGAUUUCCAAGUCUUUGAUUUCCAAGCCUGCAAUCUUCACCGAUGACAACAACGUGACGUGGGACCAGAUUCCUGACAACAACGGGACAUGGAACCAGAUUCCCGAUAGUUCUCAGCUGAAGCUUUAUCACUUGGUUGUUUUCAUCAUCACCAGGGUUCACAUGCUGAACACUUUGUGCCUGAUGAUCUUCUCGAGCAUCACCACCCUGCGAUACUUGCAGGGUCACAUGAGAACGAUGACACAGAACGGCAUUUCGGUCUCCAGGUCCAGACUCCGGAGCUGGUUGAGAGUCUGCGCGACCGGCAUUUGUCAGUGCGUGAUUUUCUUUGGCUGUGCGGUUUUUAUUCACCUGGAAUCGCUCACCAUAAAAUUUGCGCAGUUUUACUUUGGGAUUGCCGUCCUUUCCACGGUCACCACUUUGUACAUCUUUGGGACCACCGUCAACCUGGCCGUCGGUCAAGCCGUGUAUCGGCAAAGGGCAGCGGCGCUAAGGCGGGCGCUCGGAUCCCUGUGCAGCGUUGGCACGGCAACAGAUGAUUCGACUUCUGAAUCAGCUGACGUGGCAAAUAGUGGAAAUGUUAAACAAUGAUUUGUUCAUCUAAAAACUGUUCAGUCCUAGUUCUGCUGGUCUUUCAUUUACAUGUUCACUUUCCUAGAAACCGAUACUGUCGCUACAACUUUAUUUGCAUCUCGGUUGGCAUUUGUGUGCUGGCACCAGUCAUGUGCCGAUCCAUACGGAAAUAUCGACACUGCCGAUACCAGAUAUUUAUGCUCUAAUAUCGAUUCUCAAAUCAAAAUAUCGAUAAUUCUGAUACUUUAGUUCAAACAUUUCCCACCAAGAGCUGAAUACUGAAAAGUCAAAGUACGCAAGGCCCUAUUGGUAUUAUUUAAGGUGCUUUAGUACAAAGCAAUAUUUAAAACAAGGAAAUAGAUAAAAUAGGAACAGCGAUAUCUCUUGGGGAUAAAUAGGAGCAAACAAGCAUGGAGGUCGGUCAACAUUACGAUAGUCCAGGUCUCGUAUUUGAACACAAAUUGGAAUUACUCAUGUCACGCCAAACUCUACAUAUCUGUGGUUAUGUUUUACAAAUGAACAAAUAAAGCUAUACUUACAUUUACCCUGGGUUGGAUUCGCAGGACACUUGGAGCUUGUUGGGCUUCGGACAGCCUUCGUGCCCCGCUGUCCCGCCCACAAAUGUGCACUGUCAAGGAAUUGAGACGCAGCUAAAGUCAACAAUAGCCAUCAGUACUCUUUUAAAUCCUUUACUUUGUGCACUCUAAGUCUUCCUGUGAAUUGUCCCCUGAAGUUGUGAACAUUAAAAACAAAAUAAAAAAAUCAUACACUGAUACUGCCCUUGGUAUCAACACCACCAUUUUAUGGAUCGAUCCGGCCUCCCCCUACAUGUCGGGUAAAAACUGUGACAAUACUGACAAUAAGCAAACAUUAUAUUACAAACUACAAAAGCACUCAGUGAGCGCAGACCUCAACCAUCAAAGUCCUGAAUCCAGUAGAUGAUCCGGAUCACACACGGAAUGUAAUAAACACGUCUAACUUCUCCCAUUUCUGACACUUCCUGGAAGUGCAAUGAAAAUGUGCCCAGAACUUUCUAAGAGAUCUAUACCCCCGUGAAGGAAACAUCAUGUCAGUGAUUCACUGUUUUUGUCUCUGUGGGUGGAGGUGGGAUAUUAUGUAUUUAUUUCACGUACGGCUGCUGCCGCGAGAAGCUCUCCUGGGUUGUGAUAAUAAAUUGAGUGAACAAACAA